UUGCUCCUUGGUGCCAGGUUGGGGGGUUCAGAGCUGGAGAGAGCUGCUGGCUCAGGAAGUUAUGAGUGAGAUUACACUAGGGGGAAUUGCCUCUGGGAUCUGUUCCCAGCUCUUGUGAUCCACAGGGAGGAGAAAACCUUGCUGGGUUCAUGUGAGAGAUGGCGAAUGCCGAAGUGAGCGUCCCUGUGGGGGAUGUGGUGGUUGUACCAAGUGACGGGAAUGAAGGGGAGAACCCGGAGGAUACCAAAACCCAAGUGAUCUUGCAGCUCCAGCCCGUGCAGCAAGGUUUGUUUAUGGAUGGCUGCUUUCACCACAGGAUUUACCAAGAGGGCUCUGAGGCCAGUGCUGCUGUGGUGGCCGUGGAAACCCACACCAUCCACAAGCUGGAAGAAGGGAUUGACCCCAGCAGCCUUGAAACGAGUGAGGAAAUUGAGAUUGCCUAUCCCAUCACCUGUGGGGAGAGCAAAGCUAUCCUUCUCUGGAAGAAGUUUGUCUGUCCAGGAAUUAACGUCAAGUGUGUGAAGUUCAAUGACCAACUGAUUAGCCCAAAGCACUUCGUUCACUUGGCUGGGAAGUCUACCCUGAAGGAUUGGAAGAGAGCCAUUCGCCUUGGAGGAAUCAUGCUAAGGAAGAUGAUGGAUUCGGGGCAGAUUGACUUCUACCAACAUGACAAAGUUUGCACCAACACCUGUCGAAGCACCAAGUUUGAUCUCCUGAUUAGCAGCGCCAGAGCACCAGUGCCAGGGCAGCAGAGUGUGGUGCAGACUCCAACUUCAGCUGAUGGGAGCAUCACCCAGAUCGCACUGUCAGAGGAGAGUAUGGAGGAGGGGAUCGAGUGGAACUCAGCUCUGACAGCUGCUGUCACCAUGGCCACUGAAGAAGGCAUGAAAAAGGACACGGAUGAGAUCUCAGAGGAUACGCUUAUGUUUUGGAAAGGAAUAGCUGAUGUGGGCCUGAUGGAAGAGGUGGUGUGCAACAUCCAGAAGGAGAUAGAAGAAGUCCUAAGAGGCGUGCAGCAGCGGUUGGGUCAGUCUCCCUUCCAGAUGACAGAUGCUGCAGUCCUGAACAACGUUGCCCAUACAUUUGGCUUAAUGGACACAAUCAAGAAGGUACUGGACAACAGGAAAAAUCAGACAGAGCAAGGAGAGGAGCAGUUUCUUUACACACUGGCAGACCUGGAACGGCAGCUGGAAGAACAGAAGAAACUUGCCAGGGACCAGAAGGCCAAGUCCCAAACCAUCCAGAAUGUGGUGCUGAUGCCCAUGAGUGCUCCCAAGCCCCCCAAGAGACCCCGUCUGCAGCGCCCAGCCUCUGCCACCAUCCUCAGCCCCUCCACUCCCAUCCAGCAGCCUCAGUUCACUGUCAUCUCCCCCAUUGCCAUCGCUCCUGUUGGACAGCAGUUCUCUGUGGGCAACAUCCCAGUGGCAACCAUCAGCCAAGGCUCCAGCCCAGUGACUGUUCAUACCUUGCCGUCUGGCUCCCAGCUCUUCCGAUACGCCACUGUGGUUUCAUCCUCCAAGACCAGCUCCUCAGACACUGUUACCCUGCACCCGUCCUCCAGCCUGGCACUGCUGAGCUCAGCAGCCAUGCAGGACAGCGGGGCCCUGGCCAACAUGGCGGCUGUGGUCAACCCCAUGGAACUGGUGGCCAUGGAGUCUGGUAUCACUUCCACCAUCCAAGCUGUGGAAGGCACCUCAGAUGAUGGGCAGACCAUCAUAGAGAUUGACCCAGCACCAGAUCCUGAGGCAGACACAGACGAAUCAGAUGGCAAAGCUGUGAUCCUGGAGACAGAGCUGAGGACUGAGGAAAAAGUGGUGGGAGAUGUGGAAGACCAUCAGCACCAGGUCCAUAAUGUGGAGAUUGUGGUCUUGGAAGACUAGUGGGGAAGGCAAGCAUCAGUUAGGGGAAGAGUUGGGAAUUUGUUUUAUUUCAGACUUUUUUGUUAAGCAUCCUUUCUAGCCACCCCAUUUGUUACCGUGGAUAUUUUCAUUGUACUGUAUAUUAUAUAUAUAUAUAUAUGUGUAAAAUUUUGGUUUUUUAAAACAAAGCUGGAGAUAUGUGAGAUGUGGAUAAGGCUCUGUCUCCCUGGAGCACUGAACAAUACCACCUGUGGCAAGGAGUGACAGGAUCUCUGCUGGACAGCCCAACCAGGAGGAACUAGCCAUGCCUCCAUGCUUUUGGUCCAGGGCUGCCCUGGCCCAGAGAUUUUAUUUGAGAGACAAUUAACACUUGAGUGUGGAUGUGGCUGUGAGAAGGGGUGACGGAUUUGGGGUGGAACAGGUACCUCAUUUAUAUUUUUAUUUUCCCCAGGGAAGGGAAUUCCGUUGGACCCUUCGCUGUCACCUCAAAUGGGAUUUUUUUUAUUAUCUUUCUUGCUUUGGGGAGGCCAACAGUACAAUGAAUUUACUGUCCAUGUUCUCCUCCUCCACACAAGUUGUUUUUAUAUCUUUAUUUUUUUGUAUUUGUUUGCUCUCUCCCUUCCUUUGUCCAGAUUUAUCAGCUGCAAAGACCUAGGACCUUUUCUCAGGGUCCCUGUAUCCCAAUCCCUUCUCUUCCCAUGGCACUUUCCCCCCAUCCCUUUCCCUGCCUGGCAAGGCUCGGUGCUGCAAACUCCACUUUUAAGACUCUGAGAUCACUUCAGCCUUUUGUAUAAGGCAAAAAAUACCAACUCAAGCUCAAACCCAGAUCCUCCCCCUUGGCUACUCAGCACCGCAGGGACCUUUCGGGGUGUACAAAGCAUGUUGUGCUGUUGCUUUCCGGAAGAGCCGGAUUUUAGAUCAGGACAGCUUCUGUUUACACUGUGUGCUGAGGCUGCUCCAUGCUUGUUGCUACUUGUUUGAUGGUUUUAUUUUUGUAUUAUUUUUUCUUCUUUCUUCCUAUAAUCUCUUGGCAGGGUUAGAACUAGCAUGUUGCUGAAAUACUGUGCACCCCAGUUUUCCCUUUUUUCCUCUUUUUUUUUUUUUUCCAGUGGUUGGAGAUCCAUUUGGGCUUUGCCAAACUGGGAAAAUGGAAGGGGGGAAGCACCGGGUGGCUUUAGACCUGCAGAGGUUUGGGAGGGUGGGAGCUGCUUGCCUGGAAAUAUUAAGCAAAACAGCAAAGGACA